CCCGCCCCCCAACUCCCCUUCGCGCCAAAGAAACAAAAGAACCAUGACAUGUGUGUCAAACCCAUUAUCCUCUCCCGUGCCUCAUCUCCUCCCGUCCCAAUCCAAAGACUUGAGGAGAACGGUGAGGCCAAAUCUCCCCCAAACCCUUCUCUCUUCUCCUCCAUUCAUUGACAUGAAUCCGUCCAAAAACCUUAGCCUCAGAUCGAUGAUGGCGUUUUUGAGCCAUAAAUCUCUUCUCCGUCAUCGACUUCUGCCCGGUCUCCAAUCAUCAGUGCAGUCGCAGGCUUCUUUGCUUCUUUCCUCGCUGCUGCUACCAUGGCGGAUGGCUCCCAGGGCAAAGACCCCAACGCGCAGCUCCUCCAGGAGCUCGACGCGCUUAGCCACUCCCUCUACCAAUCGCACACCGCCCGCCGCACCGCCUCCCUUGUCCUGCCCCGCUCCUCCGCUCCUGCCCCUGGUACCGGCGCCGGCGGCGAUGGCGCAGCGGCAGAAAGCCGCCCCCGCUCCCGCCGCAUGUCCAUGUCUCCCUGGCGCUCCCGUCCGAAGACCCAGAACGAGCUGGAACAAGAUGAUUCCGAUGACGGCCGCCGCGGCCCUCCAUCGAAGCGACAGAGCCUGUCUGGCGUGACCACGACCGCUACCGAGACCUCCGACAAGAAGGGGAUAUGGAGCUGGAAGCCGAUGCGCGCCCUGUCCCACAUCGGGAUGCAGCGCCUGGGGUGCCUUUUCUCCGUGGAAGUCGUCGCCAUCCAGGGCCUCCCAGCCUCCAUGAACGGCCUUCGCCUCUCCGUUGUCGUCCGUAAGAAGGAGACUAAGGAAGGCGCUCUGCAGACCAUGCCGGCGAGGGUGCUACAGGGGUCCGCUGACUUCGAGGAGACGCUCUUCAUCCGGUGCCAUGUCUACUGCAGCGGCGGCGCCGGCACGGGGAAGCCGCUCAAGUUCGAGUCCCGGCCGUUCCUGAUCUCGAUCGUGGCCAUCGACGCCCCAGAGCUCGACUUUGGCAAGAACUCGGUGGAUCUGAGCCCGCUCGUCAAGGAGUCCAUGGAGAAGAGCCUCGAAGGGGCACGGGUCCGACAGUGGGAUUCGUCGUUCCCGCUCUCCGGUAAGGCCAAAGGGGGCGAGCUGGUCCUCAAGCUGAGCUUUCAGAUCAUGGAGGAUGGAGGCAUCGGCCUAUACAAGAAGGCAGAGGCAGGCGGCGGUUCCAGCAGCAGCACCACCGCGAAGGCGAGGGAGUCUUCCUUCUCCUCCGUUUUCAAGAAAUCCAAGUCUUCUUUCAGCGUCACGAGCCCAAAAAUCACGAGAUCGAAACCAUCUCUGACGCCGACGAAGGAAGCAUCUUCCGUCGACCUGAAGGAGAUCGACGACUUCAGUCUUGACGACCCAGCUCCUCCUCCUUCUUCAAGCCCUCCGCCGGUCCAGAAGCCCGAGCCGGAGCUGAAGGACGAUCUCGACCUCCCCGAAUUCGAAGUCGUCGAUAAGGGGAUCGAAAUUCAGCAUGCAGAGAAACAAGAACACCAAGAAGAAGAAGAAGAAGCGGAGUCCGUGGAGGUGGCAGCAGAGGCGACGUUGGCUCCGAGCGAAGUCGUGAAGGAGGUGGUGCACGACAGCGCGCAUCUCAGCCGGUUGACGGAGCUCGACGCGAUUGCGCAGCAGAUCAAGGCUCUCGAAUCGUUGAUGGUCGGAGACGUGCUGAAUCCCACAAAGGCAGCGCAAGAAGAUGAGACGCCGCGGUUGGAUGCCGAGGAAGACGCUGUGACGAGGGAGUUCCUUCAGAUGCUUGAGCUUGAAGACAAGACACCACCGAUAUUCGACAUAGGCGAUCAUCUUAGUGCAGCUGAAACAGGGGUGGCAGAAGGUAGAGAUGGCGACAAAGGCAUCUACAUCUCGGAUCUGGGAAAGGGUUUGGGCUCCGUCGUGCAGACGCGGGAUGGAGGCUACUUGUCUGCAACAAAUCCUUUCAACGUGGAAGUCGCAAGAAAAGAGACGCCAAAGCUCGCAAUGCAGAUCUCCAGGCCAUUCAUCCUGGGGGAACAGAGGCUCACAAGCGGGUUCGAGGUGUUUCAGAGGCUUGCAGCGAUCGGACCAGAAGAACUGGGUGCCAAGCUACAGUCUUUGACGUCCAUGGACGAGCUCAUGGGGAAGACGGCGGAGCAGAUAGCAUUCGAAGGCAUGGCGGCGGCGAUCAUCAGCGGGAGGAACAAGGAGGGAGCGAGCUCCAGCGCGGCCAGAACGGUGGCGCUCCUCAAAACCAUGGCCACGGCGCUGAGCGAAGGGAGGAAGGAGCGGAUCUUGACAGGCAUUUGGAACGUGGCGGAGGAGCCGGUUGCGGCGGAAGAGAUUCUGGCCUUCGCCUUGCAGAAGAUCGAAGCCAUGGCGGUGGAAGCUCUCAAGAUCCAGGCGGGGAUGGCCGAGGAAGAAGCUCUGUUCGACGUCUCCCCUCUUGCCACUAAGGCAGCAGACAAGCAUCCCCUGGACUCGGCAAUACCGCCCGAGGACUGGGAAGCCGCCUGCGCCGCGGCCAACUCCGUGACGCUGUUGGUGGUCAUCCAGCUGAGGGAUCCUCUGCGGCGAUACGAGACAGUAGGGGCCCCGCUGAUCGCCAUGAUUCAAGCGGCGAGAGCGGAGGGAGGCGGGAAAGAGGAGGAGGCCAAGUUUAAGGUGGCAAGCUUGCACGUCGGCGGGCUGAAGCUGCGGCCGGGGGGGCGGCGGGGCGUCUGGGACGGGGAGAAGCAGAGGCUGACGGCGAUGCAGUGGCUGGUGGCGUACGGGCUGGGGAAGGCGGGGAAGAAGAAGGCAGGGCAGGGGAAGGGGGGGCAGGACGCGCUGUGGAGCUUGUCGUCGCGAAUAAUGGCGGAUAUGUGGCUCAAACCGAUGCGAAAUCCCGACGUGAAGAUGGCCGAGCAAUAGGAGAUGAGGGCUUAGAUUGUGUUCGUUCUUUGCCUACGAGCGUGUGUUAGUAUGAGCGUGUGAAUCCAAUGCCUUUGUCUUACUAUGGAACAAUAACAACAAUAGCAUGUAUCAAUAAUAUAUGGGAAAUAUUCAGCAAUAAUUAGUAACGAGAA